UCGUGUGCCGGCGCACGGACGUAAACGAGAAAUGUUGCUCGCGAGUGUUUUUAUACAAAUUGUAUUUAUUUAUACAGUUUAUUCAGAAGAUGCCGUCUCGACGCCGAAGCCGAAGAAAAUUCUGGACACCGUCAUGAACCCAUCCUACAUUCCAGCGGAAGAGAAACACGGGUCCUACUGGAAAAAAUCUGCAGCCGAGACCCUAAAAGCCAAGCUGCAGGAGAAAAUAAACACGAAUAAAGCCAAAAAUGGUAUACUUUUCAUCGGUGAUGGUAUGUCACUAGCGACUGUCAUGGCUGCAAGAACUUUUGGCGGACAAAUGGACAGAAACUUAGGAGAGGACAAUACAUUAGAAUUCGAAAAGUUUCCGGUGUCUGGAUUGGCCCGGACGUACUGCAUUGACGCUCAAGUGCCUGACUCUGCUUGCACAGCCACGUCUUACCUCACUGGAGUGAAGACCAAAUAUGGAGUGAUCGGUCUUGACGGCAACGUCACUAGAGGGUCCUGCUUCUCCCAGCUCCAUAAAGGCAACUGGGCGUCAUCUAUCGGACAAUGGGCUUUGGCCAGUGGAUUGGAUGUUGGCUUUGUGACGACUACCCGAGUAACCCACGCCUCUCCUGCCGGCAUGUUCGCCCACACAUCUGAGAGGAAUUGGGAGUCAGAUGCUGACGUACCAGAUGAAUGCAUCAGCUUGGGUUGUCAGGAUAUCGCUCGUCAACUGAUAAUGGCGAACCCAGGAAGACAGUUUAAGGUUAUUCUCGGAGGUGGCAGACGGGAGUUCCUUCCUAAUAUUACUACUCCUUUGACCAAUUAUACCGGAAGACGCAAAGAUGGUAUUGAUUUAACAGACAUGUGGCAUACCGAUAAGAUGGAGAAGAAUGCCACUCAUCAAUACGUGACGGACAGAAAUGAACUUAUGAAGGUGUUCAAUUCAGACGACCUUCCAGAAUACCUUUUAGGCCUCUUCCAAAAUGACCACAUGGAUUACCACCUGCAGGCCUCCAAUCAGCCAACAUUGGAAGAAUUGGUGGAAGUUGCGAUAAAAAUGCUUAAUCGCAGUGAGAAAGGAUAUUUCCUAUUUGUCGAAGGGGGCCGCAUCGACCACGCACACCACGACAGCUACGCACAUUUAGCACUCGACGAAACCGUGGAAUAUGCGAAAGCAGUGAAAAAAGCCAAGGUCCUAACUAAUCCCCAAGAUACGCUGAUAGUGGUCAGUUCUGACCACGCCCACACUAUGACAGUGGCUGGUUAUCCCUCACGAGGGAAUGAUAUAUUAGGAGUAGUUGAUACAGCAAGAGGCAUGGAUGGCAAACCUUAUACAACGAUUAGUUAUGCCAAUGGGAAAGCUAAGUCGUUGGACGAAAGCGGCAGGGUGGACGUUACGCUGCAUAGUGAAUUUUCUAGUAAAGCGUUAGACUACUCCUACCCGAGCCUGGUUCCCCUGGACUCUGAGACACAUGGAGGUGAAGAUGUAGCGGUUUACGCAUCAGGACCUUGGCAGCAUCUCUUCACGGCCAGCUACGAACAAUCCGUUGUUCCGCAUUUCAUGGCAUAUGCUAUGUGUAUUGGUGAAGAAAAACAUGAAAACUGCGAACCAAAAAUGAGUCAUAGAUCUUUUUGGACCUCCGACAGUAUAGCGAAUAAACCAAAUAAGUAUUUUGUAAUUUUAAUUAGUGUGAUACUUGGCUGUGUUAGAUUUUUAGGUUAGGAUAGAAAACUAGAUCUUAUAAGGGUAAGAUUCAGACGAACUAUUUUCAACACGUUUUUAAAAUACGGGAGUCACGGCGAUAUAUCCUUAGUUUACUAAAAGUUUUGUAAAAUAUUGCUAGGAACUCCUAUGGUCUGAUUAAACUAUGACGUCCAUUAAAGAAGAUCGAACAAUAAUUAAUAAUAAUAAUCUUAGACCAAUUUCACGAUUUUCAAGUAAUGAAUCAACUAUUUGUUUUAAUAAGUUAAAACAAUUGCACGAUCAAUGGCAUUUAGUUCUUGCAGCCAUUACUUUUCUAUACUUAUUUUAUUAAGUAAUCGACAAUUUACUUGAAAAUUGUGAUCCCAUAAAAAUACGAUCCGUUUUUAUAACUUGACGUUGCGGCAUAAUAUAUUAUUGUACUUAAAUCUCGAAUACAUUUAGAGUAAGAACAUAUAAUGUUAAUUUAGGCUAAAAACUUAAUUUAUUUUUAGAACUGUAUAAUAAGUUUGUGUUGUGAAAAUAGCAUUUAUAGCGCGUUUUAAACAUUUACAAUUACAAGUGUUUAUUAUUAUAUAUCAAUGAUACAGAGAACUAAAUUUUCCCAAAAAAUUUUAAAUGUCUGUUUUGAAUCUCCCCAACUCUUGUAGUGGAGACCUUAUUUCAUACAAAUGUUUUGUUAAGAAAUUUCCUAAUAUAUAUUUAUUUUCCUAUACCUGUAUAUUCAUAGAUGAUUGGGGGGCCCAUGGUCUCGUGAGUCCCACCCGUACGUACGCCUUUGUUGCUGUGGAUGAAAUUUUAAAAUUUUAAUUCAAUUCUAUGCCGAAAUCUUCCAUUUGCGAUCGAAAGCUUCUUAAUAUUUUGGAUAACUGCUCGACACGUACCUUUAUGUCGAUUUGUUGCUUCAGGUUACACGUGAACAUUCUAUAAUGCGAUGCAUUACUCUGACUUGUUGUAGUUUGCGUACGUACGUACAUUUCGGAUCUGAUUUUAGCUUAAAUCUGUGCAGGUUCAAGAAAGGUUGUCCUAACAUCUACACCUGCAAUGAGAUUUAGCAUCUAUUUAUACUAUGACUAUGACAUUGUUAUUAGUAAACGGGUGUUAAUAAAUUAGCACAAAUAAACGCGU